UAAGUCAACGGUCAAUAACCGCGUGAAGAAGAAUGAUUCGUCUCUGUUUUCUCAAAGUAUCUCUCCGAAGAGAGGUAAACGAAUCUAGUGAGGGAUGGUAUCUGACGGCAAAGAAGUAGCUUUCAAGUUGUCUGACUGUUGCGUUCUUAAGAUCGUUCAAGGGGACAUCACAAUCUGGUCCGUCGAUGGCUCUUCCGAUGCUAUUGUUAAUCCAGCAAAUGGACGUAUGCUAGGUGGUAACGGUGCUGAUGGAGCUAUUCAUGACGCUGCUGGGUCACAGUUGAGAGCAGCAUGUUAUGAAGUCCCAGAAGUUAGCCCCGGAAUUCGUUGUCCCACCGGAGAAGCAAGAAUCACGCCGGGUUUCAACUUGCAGGCAUCUCAUGUAAUUCACACGGUUGGACCUAUUUAUAAUGCCGAGAAGAAUCCUAAUAAACUCCUAGAAAGUGCUUACAAGAACAGUCUGAGAGUAGCUAAGGACAAUAACAUUCAGUACAUUGCAUUUACUGCAAUAUCUUGUGGUAUUUUCAGGUAUCCUUUGGAUGAAGCUGCUACUAUAGCUAUCUCCACUGUUAAGCAAUUUGGUAAAGAUUUUAAGGAGGUACAUUUUGUUAUGUUUAACGAAGAUACAUACACGGUGUGGCUGAACAAGGCCAAAGACUUACUACCUCCACCACAAGGCCGCAGCUUCUCCCCCUCGCCGCAGACAGCCAAAACUCGAUUCUUAAGUAAUCUCAACUGUUGUUUUAAACCUGUUUAGCUUUUUAUGCAAACAUUGUCUCUCAUGUUGUAAACUUUUGUGAAGUUUUCAAAAAAAUAAACACAUCCUUGAGAGAAAAGAGAAAAAAUGUGUUCAUCUCUAUCAAAUCUUUUCAUUA